AUGGGCACUGAAAUGGACACCUUUUCAGCCCGCCUGGCUAGCUUCGACAUCGUGCUUCGGCCGGAAAAGCGGAGAUCUUCGAACACCAAAGGCCCCAAUGCGAUCGCAUGGCCUCACGAUAGUCCAUCGCCGGCUGAGUUGGCGCAUGCGGGCUUCUACUACAAACCCUACGAGAGCAACCCCGAUAACACAACAUGCUUUCACUGCAACCGCGCAUUGGACGGAUGGGAAGAAGACGAUAACCCCAUCACGGAGCAUCUCAAACACUCGCCGAAUUGUGGAUGGGCCAUAAUGAUGGACAUUCAACAAAGUAGUUCCAACCCUGCGAAAAUCGAGGAUCCAACCAGCGAACGUAUCACCCAGGCGCGCAUCUCGACAUUCGGGACCUCGUGGCCCCAUGAUGGCAAGAAAGGAUGGAUGGUUGAGAGUGGGUGGUAUUUCUGCCCGAAUGACGAGAGCGACGACUUGGCCAGCUGUGCCUAUUGUAAACUGUCUCUAGACGGCUGGGAGCCCAAAGAUGACCCUUAUGAUGAACAUUACCGCCGCUCCUCCGACUGUUCUUUCUUUGUAUUCGCGAACCCUCCCGGCAAGAAGGGAAAGGGAACUCGAGGCAAGAAAUCCCGCACUUCCAAAACCUCUUCUCGUCUUUCGACCCAGUCCGUUACCACCACUGCAUCUGAAGCCCCCGAAAUUGACGCCGAUAUGGAUAUCGAUAUGGAUGAGAUGGAUCAAAGCAUGAUGUCACAGUCGACUUCCAAGCCGAAAAGUACGAAGAAGGGAACUAAGAGCAAGGGAAAGAGCGCAAAGAGCAAGAAGGAAGAUAUGGAGUCUGAAAGCCAGAUGGAUGUUGACAGUAUGGACAUCGCGCAGCCUAAACCUGAGGCUGAACCCGAACCACCGAAACCCAAACGUGGAGGACGAGGGAAGAAACGCGUUAGCGAGGAAAUCAGCCGUGAGGAACCAGAGCCAGUUGUUAUUCAAGGGCGAGAACAUUCUCCAGCUGCAGAGCCGCCCUCAAAACGUCGCAAUACUAGGGCACGAAGCAGCAGCGUUUCACGGAAUUACGACUACGAGCAACAAGUCUAUGACAUGCAUGAUACAGAAGCCGCGGAAGAGCCCCGAGGGAAGGAGACCAAGAAGAGUCGCAAGGGCUCUAAAAAGACAACCUCGAAAACUCGCAUUGCCUCGGACGCGUCCGCUUCAUCCAAAACGACAUCCAAGGAACGUCUGCCUCGUGACUCGGAGUUAGAUGCAGCCAUCGAGGCUGGUCUUGAAGCUGAAGCUCACGAGCCUGCGGAGCAGCUCCCUGAGAAUAUGCCUGAACCGGAAGCCAAACUGGGACCGGAGCAAGAGCCAGAGCCUGAACCUGAACCUGAGCCCGCACCUCGCGCUUUGAAAAGGUUCAAGACAAGCAAAAAGUCCAAGGCUACUGCUAAAUCAUCUGAACCUCCUCAGGAGGCUGCUCCUCAAGAAGUCGAGACUCAAGUAGAAAAACCUCAGCAUCAAGUUGAACCUUCCGUGGACAUCGACGCCCCCGAGGAGGACGGGACUGAGGAGCCAACCACAAAGACCAAGUCUGGCAAGUCCUCUAAAAAGAAAGAAAAGAGCACCAAGAAAAGCAAGAAGCAAGAAGCCAAGGCCGAGAAGCACGUUUCGCGAGAGUCCACAGAACCCAAGUCAGUUGCAGAUGACAAGUCGGAGCAUGAGCAUCACGACUCAUUUGUCUCCGUCGAAAUCGUCAACCAGAAGGCCGAGUCUCAUUCAAAGCCCGAGGAAGAAUCUGAGGAGAAACCUGCGACUAAGAAGUCUUCUAGGAAGAAGGAUGAGAAACUAAAGAAGUCUAGGAAGGCCAUGAAGGAACCUUCUCCCGUUCAUGAGCCAGAAAUUGAACCCGAAUUUGAGCCGGAGCCUGAGGUUCAAGACGAGCCCAAACCAGAGCCAGAGUUAGAAGCCGAACCUGAAGCUGAGCCUGAAUCUGAGCUUGAGCUUGAGCGCGAGCCCACCCCCAAGCUUGAGGCAGUGUCAGUUGAUGAUCAGCAUGACAUCCGCUCUCCGUCCGCAGAUAUGGACGAAGAGUUUGCAACCCCAGGGGAUAUUGACGAUGAUCAGGUUGAGAUGAUUCAACCUCCUCACCCCUCCUCGCCAGCGUCACGACACGAAAAGACGCCUGUUCCUCCGAAGACAGCCAAGCGCUACAGUGAUAUUCCUCAAGAGGAGCACCUCGCCGAGUCCUUCAACGAGUCACAAAACUCCCGGGCCAAGGAAGAACGAACCAGUAAGGCUCAGCGGGCAUCAAAUUCCUCCAACAGAGCAGUGUCGCCUCUGCCUCCUCAGCAGAGCACUCCGUCCAUGUCUCCCCAAUCAUCCGAUGCUGAGAACCGCCCCCCUUCAUCACGACCAUCAGCAUCUCGUCCACCUCUAUCAUCCACCCCUAAGCAGCCCAAGGCUCGAACCGCACUUCCAGCUGCCACUCCAUCUCCUUCCAAGCGCAAUCCUAACGCCGGCUUCCCUGCCUCAGGACACCCGUGGACUCCAGUGGAUAUCGAUGAGCUUCUAUAUGGAGAUGCUAGCGACAAAGAAAAUGGUGACCUCUCCGGACUCUUCAACGGCCUCAAGAAUGGCCUGACCAGUCCUGAAAAGAAGAUGAGUGUUGAACAAUGGAUUAUGUGGAAUGCGAAGAAUGGUGAGGAACGCUUGAAGCGGGAGUGCGAGCGUCUCGUCAGCCAGUUCGAGCAGGAGGGCAGUCGAGCUAUGCGACGACUGGAGGCCAUCGAGUGUAUGGAUUGA